AUGCCGCGAAUUCCGCCAUGGCUCUUUCGCAGGGCCAAUCGUCGCUCACCCAACCUCGCUGCACUGCUGCCAGCUUGCAGAAACCUUCAAUCUGCCGUGAAUGAGCUGCGAUGGCUCCAAGAGCAUGUCAACGGCACCACGCGCACCAACAAAGAGGACCUGCUCGCCAGACUGUGUAGAAAAAGAGGGCAAGGCUAUCCUUUGCAGUACAUUUUGGGAUCUCAGCCGUUUGGGCCCCUUGAUAUCAAAUGUCGCCCUGGCGUCUUGAUUCCCAGACCCGAGACCGAGGCGUACACCUAUCAUCUUGCUGACCUUAUCAAGGCUGGGGGCUUGAGGGUCGAUGCAUCGGACCAGGGUCUCGGAAUCGUCGACUUCUGUACGGGCACGGGCUGCAUACCUCUACUCCUCUAUUCUUUGCUCUCCAGACGAUUCGACCGCUUAGAGGUUCUAGGAGUAGAUGUCUCUUCACAAGCGGUCAGCCUGUCUAGAGCCAAUAUAGCUCACAAUGCCAGGCUUGGGCAUCUCUCAGAUAUGCGACCAAACCACACUAUCAGUAUCUUACAAGCGGACAUCUUUCAGGACCAAGUUAUAGACAAGCUCCGAGAACGCACCUGGGAUGUGAUGGUAUCUAAUCCGCCCUACAUUUCCCGGCGAGCGUGGCGCUAUGGAGGCGGCCAGAUUGGACACUCGGUUCGCAAGUAUGAGCCGUCCCUGGCCUUGGUCCCAGGAGAUGAUAUUUUCGUCCCCGCACAUUGGGAGCACGAGGAUGUCUUCUAUGCCAGAUUAUUGGACAUCGCAUACAGACUCAAGCCAAAAGCGAUGCUGUUAGAGAUUGGUGAUGAGAUGCAGGCGGUUCGUGUUAUAUCACGAUUCUCUCAGCACAAACUCUCCAUGGAUUCGCACAUAGUGAUAUGGCGAGAUUGGCCGGACCUAACGCCAGGACAUGACGAAGGCUUUUCGCUGGAAACAACAACGGUUGAUGGACGCAGCCAAACAGUCCUCGCCAAAGGCAGCGGGAACAUACGUUCCAUCUUCGUUACACUUGGCUCCUGA